UUCCUCCGCAGCGUUGCUGUCUGACGAUUUUGUAAAUAGACCACGUCGACUAAAUUGCCGUUAUAUUAUACACCGACAUAAAUUUGCCCUUUUUUUAUUUUACUUAAGAAUCAACAUCUGGGCCAUUAGCGGUUUGAUCUCAAAAUGGCGGCCUCAAAGAGCAACUUAGAUCUUGUCAAUGAUUGUGACUGUUUUCCCUAUGCCGAAAAGGACCCAAAGGCUCAUGCGGAGCUCAUGUCCACUCUGUUCACCCUGACCUGGGACGAUGGCGUAAACAAGGUACCGAUUGGCCUCAUGACCGAGAACGUCCUGAAUAAGCUCGUAAAGACACCUGUCGCGGUCAAAGGAGAGCUCGAAGUACGCCGCGAGCAGCGCGAAGUUUGUGUUUUCCAGGAGAAAACCGAGAAAGAGAGGAGUGAGUGGGUAGCUUUGACAACGGCAUACUGGCGGGAGAACAAACAAUUUGAAAUUCUUGAAGGUUGGAGGAAUGAGCUAUACCCUGUCUAUGGACCAAACAAUGAGCUUCUUUAUAGCGUUGAAAGAACUGCUGCAGCACUACUGGGGGUCGUCAUGUACGGUGCACAUAUGAUGGCUUAUGUCAAGUCUCCAGAAUCCAGUUACGGGAUUAAAUUAUGGAUUCCACGACGGGCCGCGAAUAAACAGACUUAUGGUGGGAUGCUGGACAACACUGUGGCUGGUGGGAUGGCUACAGGAGAAGACCCCUUCGAAUGCAUCAUCCGGGAGGCAGAUGAGGAGGCCAGCUUACCAGACAAGUUAGUCAGGGAAAAUGCUAUCGCCCACGGCGCUGUCACCUAUAUUUACAUGAGGUCAAAACUGGCAACUGGGGAGGUUGGGCUUAUUCAACCAGAGGUCCAGUAUGUGUUUGACCUGGAACUGCCAGAAGAUGUUGCUCCAAAGCCGAAUGAUAGCGAGGUGGAAUGCUUCUAUCUCUGGACGGUGGAGGAGGUACAGGAACACAUGCGCAAGGGAGAAUUCAAGCCCAACUGCGCCCUCCUCCUGCUCGACUUCUUUAUCAGACACGGGAUCCUAACACCGGAAAACGAGCCCGAUUUUGACGAGAUUAAGAGCAGGCUACACAGGCCGUUGAACUUCCCAGGACCACAUGUAGCGCUGGUUUAAUUUUAAUUUUGGCAUUUAGAAUUACCAUUAACUCGACGCCAUCUAACUUUCCGUUUCCUGAACGCCCAUCCCUAACCAGCUAUGCACCAGACGAGAGCCACUGUGAACCCGAGAACCUUGCAUAGAGCGCAACCCAUGCGUAACCUAUCAUUUCUUAAUAAGCAGAUAGAUGUAAUCCACCCGCAAUGGAGUGAGCUUCUUGUAGGGCCCCUCCAGUGCUAACAAAAGCCCGCCGAAAGAUACAUAACAUUUGCUGCAUUGAAUUGUCAGACACGAGAAGUUGCUUUGGGGGGUGGGGUAUGUCUCGAGUGAGGAGUCUUACAUUAUAUUUCCAUCAUCUCCAUCCUCGAACUUGUAGAUCUUGCCAUGGCAGACGUAGUCAAAUAGGUCCGCAAGUGUGGCUUCGCCACCCUGUCCACUUCGCCCAACGUCUCUCCAGCC